UUUAUAUUUUCAACACACAUUUUUAUAUUCUCAAUACAAAAAAUACCUAAAAAUACACACUAAAAAAAUCAACCAAACAUACAGGCGUUCAGUAGCCUCCCAGUUAAAAUAAUGGUUCAAUUUGGGAUUUAAUGACUAAAAUGAUGGUUCAGUUUUAGAUUUUAUGGAGGUAAUAUUUGUUUCUUAAUAAGGAUGGGAAGGAGUAUCAUUAAAGCUUUUUAAGUUUUAACUUCCGGACACAAAAGAUUUUUGCAGGCGACUUAUGGCCGAUGUUCCUAAGGCCUACGAAUAUACCGGCGCUUAAAUUGUACCCAGCCUGUGAACAUUAGUAGAAUAGUAAAGAUGUGGGUGGAGCUGAUUUGUGGUCUCGUCAUCUUCCGAUUGCUUAAGCGUUUCUUCUCUGACGACUCCGGCGACUUGGCUGGCGAUACCUCCAAAUCCCUUCGCGAUGCCGCCGAAGCUACCGCCCUUUUCGCGGUUGCCGAUCGUCUCCAGAGUCUCUACGGCGGUAAAGCUUACGUCGGACUCCAUAUCCCAGACCCUGAUUCCGCCUCCCGCCGGAAUAUCGACAUCGUUCUCGUUACUAAUAGGGAGUUGGUGGUCAUAUCCGUCGUGAACCUCUCAGGAACAGUAUCCAUUGAUAGGAAUGAUAGUUCGUGGAUUUGCUCUCCCUCUUUAUCUGCCAGUGGACAUCAGCCCGGAGAUCAGCGGUUUCCAGACCCCCUAGCAGAGAUCAAACAACAGGUUUCCAUUCUUGAAUCGUACCUUGAACAGAGAGGGCUCUCUCUUUUUGAAGGAUAUCUCUCUUACAAGGUUAUAUGUCCCAACCCAGAUUUCAGGAUUAUGGGAUCAAAUUUACUCCCACCUGAGAUAGUCACCUAUGACCAAUGGACACAACAGAAAUCUGAUACUAAGAGCUUGCUCUCUGGUUGGAUAAAAGGAGCAUUUGGUGGUGGCAAGAAAGACUUGCAGGCGUUUCAAGAGAAACUUCAUUUGAUCCUAGGCACAGCCCCGAUGUGGGACAGGUUAGAGCUAAAAGGCAACAAGUUGAUCUUUGGCGAAUUUGUGGAAUUUAAAGGGAAGCAGGAUGACAUUCAGGCAUUAAGGAAUAUUCGAAGAUCAAAAGUUGGUCGAUUGAUCAUUCAGAAAGCAAGCAUGUUCAAUUUAGGUUUUAUCCUGCUAUUCUGUUCACUUUUGUUUUUUUUACUACUUUGCUGUUUUAUAUAUCCUCACUUUGGAGUAGUUCAUUCGAUCACGAAUAAUUAGUCUUUUCUUUAUCAUUGGAUUACAACCAUGCAAACAUAUUCAAGCUUGUGCGCAAAAUAGCUGGCACUCCAUAUAAAUUACCAGUAAUAUCAGCUCAGAAGCUUAGAUGUGGAACAAUGUGUCGAAAUUGCAUUGUUGUUUUCCAGAUAAUUAGCAGUCAAAUGUCAGAUAUAUAGGCUAUGUAUUGCAUACUCCAUAAUGAUUAGGUUAGUAAGUUACUUUGCAUCCUACUGAUCACAUAUAUUUGCACUGAUGCACAGCUCGUUCAACACUCCAAGUUCUGUACUCUCCUCGGGACUAUCGAGGUGAAGCGACAAGCUCAUCAGAGUGGAAGGAAGUGACAGUGAGAUCAAAGACGGAGGUUCUAUUUCAGCCCAAGAGUUCUACCAAAAUACACAAGUACAAGCUAUCCUCAGUUACUACUAUGACAUUGAGUGCCUGAAGCGUUGUAACAUGAAUAACUCCCUCGACAUGUUGUAAGAUAAUAAGAAACAUAACCUCCCUUGGAAACUACUGUAAAAAUGUAGUAUAAUGAGUUCAUUUUGGAAUUUGUGAUCCUUCCUAGUGUUUGCUUAUUUUCUUGAAAGAGGGCUCAAGGUAUUGUCGUAAUGUUGCAUUCAGUUUGAUUUAUUUUAUUUUUUAUUCUAUUUUUUUGGCUCAAUGAGAAAGAGGUGAUGCGUGCAAAACACGUGAUACGAUAAUUAUUUUCUUUUAAAUAUGCUAAAAUAAUUAUAAUAAUAAUGUGAUGGCUUUCUU